AUGCCUGCGAGUUUACGUGGAAGGAGGGGCGUGCUGGCCGCCGAGCUGGCGCGCGGCAAAAGCGGGACGGCGGGGCGCGAAGACGGGGCGACCGCGCGGCGCAUCGCGCAGGCGAGCGGCGAUUUCGUCCGGACGGUCCCUCGGAAACGAGCAGAGGUCGCGGCGCGGGGGAUUCGACGCGCGCGGACGGCGCCGUCGCGUCGCGCUCCCGGCGCUCCGGGGCGCAUUCGUCCACGAACACAUCGCGUAUUUUUUUUCCGAGUCUGUCUAACGCACCAUUCGCGCGACGACGCGCCCGCGCUCAGACUCGACCGGUCGUCCUUCAUGUUCGGCAGCAGCGCCCGCAGCUUCCGACACGUUUUGCCGCCAGAGAAUAUCAUGCUCGCGUCCGCCGGCGCGACCAAGCGGCGUCGCCCCGACCGGGCCAGACGCGCGCCUUUCUGCACGCCGAAAAGCGACCGAUAA